GCAGUCUGGCUGAAGUUUCUGUUCUUGGGAGUCGUGUUCUAAGGACACGUCUCUCUGGCUGCUUCUUCCGCUUAUACUUCGCAGGUAAACAAACACGGGAGCUGAAAGCAGGACGAGAGUAGGAGUGCUGUCACCUGGGAAGACAAACAGAGGAAUAAGAAGAAAUAAUAAGAAGCAAUAAGAGGAGGUCAGAGCUUAGUGCAGGAAAGCAGCUCAUUAGUCCAAGACUCUUUGUUUCCGCCAAAAUGAAGGUGGGAAUCCGGUUGGUGUUGACCUUAGCAACCGCAUUGGUCGCCUCCUCCGUCCCUGGGGCGAGGGGGGAGGGCUACUUCCAGUCAGUGUACGAGAGCAUAGUGCAGGCCCAGGACACCCUCAGGGAAGUGGCUAUAACAGUGAACAAAGGCUUAAAGACUCUAGCUGAGACUAUGAAAUUUGUGGAGAAAUUUGUUGAUUCUACCGUGGAGGAGGAAUGCCAUUACAGCUGUCCCAAGAACAAGGUUCCUGUUGCCAACCCCAGCCACAUCCCAGACUACAAUGGGUGUGGGGCGCUGGGCGUGUUCUUUGAGAAGGAGGAUCUGUCAAGACCAGAGAUGGUUGACUGCUGCAAUGAGCAUGAUCUCUGCUACGACACAUGUGGGAGCGAUAAGGAUGAGUGCGAUCUCCGCUUUAAGAAGUGCCUUUACAACACCUGCAACAGCAACCAGCAAGAAAUGGAGGUUUUGUCACUUAAGGCGUGCAAAGGCGGUGCAAAGUUGCUCUACACAGCAACUUUAGCUUUGGGAUGCACGGCCUAUAAGGAUGCUCAGGAAGAGGCAUGCAUGUGUGUGGAUAAGAAUGACAUCCCCAAGACACGGAACGAAUUAUAGCUGUUGUAGUGGAUAAACAUUACUGAAUUCUGUGAUAAUUUAUACUCCUAUUAUUCUCCCAUGACUGAUAAUAGCACUACCAAAAACUUGAAAUUUCAUGGAUAUGUGCAGUCUAUUUUUUAAUAUGGAUUGGUCAGCGAUUUAGCACACUAGCUCGCUAUGAAGUGGGAUGAAGAUUUUGUGGAAACUUUGGUAGUUAAAAGGUUUGAAAUACUAUAACCAUGGUUUGUUCAUUUAUUUUCAUCAGCUAAUUGUUGUGAUCUUUCUUUUUUUGAUAAUAUUUUGAUUCUCACCUGUUUAAUGAUCUUUAAAGAACUGGCAGUUCCAAUCAUUGAUUAGAGUGAAGUGUUUAAGCAUGUAUAAUAAUUAUGGUACUGGUAUUGGUUAUACUCAGAAAAUCACAGAAACACAUUUUAAACAGAGCUGGGUCAGCUUUUCAGAUUGAAAAUCUCUUGGAUAUUCAUAUAUUAAAUGAUAGUAAGUAUUAUAUUUGGCAAAAAAAUAAAUAUAGAGAUUAACACACACCUUGCACAAACAUCAGUUCUUACAGUUUGUAUUCAAAGUUUUUUGAUGUGGGUUUUAUGCUUCACAUUUUAUUUUUAAAAAUUGAAUAGAAUAAUAAAAUGGUGAAAUGGGAUAUGUGCAUAUGUUUUUAUUCAUAUAUGUGUGCUACAUGUGCUUAACUCGGGUGUUCUAAUAAAAAAUAUUGGCUAUUAUUCUAUUUAUUUUGAAAUUAUGGAUAGGAAUAGUUGUAAAAUUAUAUAUAUGUCACUCAGAAGUAUUAUUAUGAAUGGAAUGUACUCAGGAAUAAUAAAUUAUAAUUUUAAA